AUGUCGCCAAAGCAGAAGGCCAGUGAGGAGGCGCCGGGGAAGCCGUUCAUUUUUUGCCAGAUCUCGCACCCUGAUGAGCAGAGCUCGGCCACCUGGAGAAGGAAGGUCAGGUCCCAUGCCGCCAAGAACCCGCAGGCCAGGCGUCUCGCACGAAGCAGCAACGGCUACCUCUAUAAUGGAACCCAGGUCCUCAGAGCACUGGAGCCACGACAUGCCAUGUUGGCCUCACGGUCAGGACCGCCAGCCGGCCCAUUUUGGGCACCAGGACCCGUCACGCUGCUGGACGCUGGGGACAGAGACCCCUUCAACGUGUCCAAGGUAAAGAGCAGUGGCUUCGAAAAGGAGCUAUGCAAAAUUUUCAUAGAAGAAAACGUGUUAAGCCGGAUAGGACAAGCACCUGGCAUGGGCCUUGACAUUUCCCCUGCAAAGGCCAAGCGGUUUUGGACUGCCGUAUCUCAGCACUGGAUCCGACAGGCAAACACAGACAUUGGCAUGUUUGCCAGUGUGUGUCUCUUCUCAUGUCGGCACAUAUACCUCAAAAUGGGCGCUACACACCCUGAAAUAUUGGAGACUCACGCAGAGAUGUAUAAAAUUGCCCUUCGCGAGAAUCUCACGAGGUGUAUGGCGGUGAACAUGAGGGAUAAAAACAUCCCCGACGACACGAUAACCAAGAUGAUGGCGCUAAUAUCCGACGACGGAACAUGGAACGGGCUCUCCAGGAUAUGGAGUCCGCAGCAGACCUCGUGA